AUGAUAGGAAGUCUUCUCUAUUUAACUGCUACAAGACCAGACAUCAUGUAUGCAGUUAGUCUACUAUCAAGAUUCAUGCAGAAUCCAAGUCAAGUCUACCAUGGCGCAGCUAAAAGAAUACUAAGGUAUUUACAAGGUACAAAGAGCUAUGGAAUUUGGUACAGAGUCACACAUGACUCUAAGCUCAUUGGCUAUACAGACAGUGAUUGGGCAGGUUCGGUAGAUGACAUGAAAAGUACAUCAGGUUAUGCUUUCUCACUUGGAUCAGGGAUAUUUUCUUGCACUUCAAAGAAACAAGCAACUGUUGCCCAAUCAUCAGCUGAAGCAGAAUAUAUUGCAACAGCAAUAACAAUGAGCCAAGCUAUAUGGCUCAAAAAGGAUUUGAUGACAUGGGAGAACCACAAGUUGGUGCUACUGAAAUCUACUGCGAUAGCAAAUCUGCUAUCGCAAUGGCAAAGAAUCCCAUAUUUCAUAGCAGAACCAAACAUAUUGGCAUCAAAUAUCACUUUAUCAGAGAAGCUGAAGGAAACAAAGAAAUAG